AUGAUGCAGUCCCGAGCCACUGGUAACGACGAGCAGAGAGCUUCCGCUACCAACCGCAACAACGUCGCCUCAGGUCCUUCUUCCAACACUACCAUUGUCGUAUCGGCUCCCUCAUACAAUCCGAAUGGUCUGUCCCAAUCGGUUUCGCCUUCACCUGUGCCUCCACCACAGUCGAACCAACCCUCAUAUCCCUCAUCAGCACCGGCUACUCAGAGCCAUGCCGCCACCGCCAGUCUCUACCAGUGUGCUCAUUGUCAACGACGGUACUCUCGUCCUGAGCAUUUAGCCCGUCACAUCCAAACGCAUACCCUCGGGAAGCGUUUUGCGUGUCAGAUAUGCGGAAAGGCAUUUGCUCGCCAAGAUCUUCUCAAACGCCAUGUCACCAAUCAUGAGAACGACAACGACCCCAACAAGAAGAGACGCCGCACCGAUACGUCUCCCGGCGCUGGCCGCGUCUCUCACGCGUGUCGGCCUUGCGCAACGGCUCGCGUCAAGUGCGAGGAAGUCAAGCCUUGCACGCGGUGUCGUAACCGUAAUCUAAACUGCGAAUACUCGUCUACCGAAGCUGGUUCUGCAGCUGCCAUGCACCUUCUCCACCUCUCUGGGAACCCUCACGCGACGACCUCGACACCCGGCUCCCUCACUACCUCCCCCUCCCAGUCUGCCUAUGACAGCAGCCCCUCAACGGCGUAUCAGCAGCAUCCCCACAAUGCCAUGCUACCGCCCAGGGACGAGAACUGUCAACUGGGCCUGGGCCUGGGCCAUCACGUCAAGUCAGAAACUGGCCAUCUGCCCACGCGGGGGAACGCCAUGGACCAAGUUGGCAAUGGGGCAAUGCCAGUUAAUUUCGAGAUUGGUAAUCCGCCAGUUGACAUGACACUUCCCUUCUCCGACUUCCUCCAGAAUGUCAUUUACGAACCAGGCAUGGAGGUGUCGAGGAUGGCGGAAGCGCAGGGCCUGGCUGUUCUGGACUUUUGCGACAACUCGAAUCUCGAACUGAACGAAGUGGAUUUUGGUCUUCUGGAUCACUGGAACAUGGACGGCAUGGGCACCGCCGGAUCGAAUCAAAGCUUCACACCUCGUACCGACGAUUCCGUCGACCUGGUGCAGAUGCGACAGAAUCUGGUCAAGGUCUGGACAGAAUCGCCGUGGCAAUGGGCACCCAACAAGCUCGACUCCGGUUAUGUGGAGCACCCGAACUUCUCUGUUCCGGCCGACGAUACGAGUAGCGCCGCCUUUCAAGAGAGCCGAAAGAAACACGCAAGAAUCGUCAGGGAUAGACUGGAUCAGUCGGGUCGGGAUCAGAUCCUGGCAAUUGUAUUGUCAACCUGCAAAAGUGACAGCAUCAUGAGCCGCGUCGCAUCUUCGUUUCCGUCACUUGAGGUUAUGGACAGCCUGAUUCACAUAUUCCUCGCGUCGCACUUCUGCCAGACAUCACAAUGGAUUCACCACGGCUCGUUUUCCAUGAGCUCUCAGUGGCCAGAAUGGCUUGCUGUCGCAGCCUCGUCUGGAGCUACCCUAACUCCGGUGCAAACCUUGCGCAAGUUUGGGUUUGCCCUGCAGGAAGCGGUCCGAGUUACCAUUCCAGCAAGGUUCGAGGACGCUAAUACUUCGAUCAAGAAUCUGGGCUUUUUGCAGACCUUGAUCUUGGGCCAGGACAUCGGCUUGUGGAGUGGCAACCGACGCAAGAUGGAGAUUGCCGAGUGUCAUCUUUUGAUUCCCAUCACAAUGAUGAGAUAUCGCGGCAAAUUCCAGCGAGCAUCAUACCCCAUCAUCGAGGUUAGCAUGUCAGACGAGGGCGAGGUCUUGGAGAACAAAUGGAAGGUCUGGUGCGAGCGUGAGUCGUGGAAGAGACUACUUUUCCACUGCUUCGUGCGAGACGCUCAGACCUCCAUGACUGCACUAACCAACCCAUCCAUGUCUUACUCGGAACUCACCUUGCCUCUUCCCGAGGCCAAGGAGUUGUGGUUUGCGAAGACAGCGGCCGAAUGGAAGAUGCACUGCCUCGAACGAACCGCUGGGCAGAGCAAGCUGCCUCCCUCAAUCUGCGAUCUCUUCAGAGACAUCAACCUCCUUGCAACCAACCGCCAACAGUUGGAUCUGCAAUUCACAAUCUCGAUAUACCUGCAUGGCUACUGGGCGCUCAUCCACGAAUACCUCCAGCUUUGUUCCGUCUUGCGCACCCGGACUUGGCUGAACAACUCUGGAGGUAAGUCCGAAGAGGUGCUCCGCUCUAGGCAUGCCGAAUUGUGCAAAGACCUGCAGGGCUUUCUGCUGGUUACGUCCAACUGGCAUGAGAUGCUCUCAACUCAGGAGAGCCUGGUAUUGCAUCUUCUCAUGAUGAACCUGCAUCUCUCAUUGAACGACCUUCAACUGUUCUCGGGCAAGGAGGGCGAGGACCAGGCCCGCCAAGUGUUUGGCGAUCUGCGCGAAUGGUCGCAAAGCGCCGAGGCGCGCCAAUCGCUCUGGCACGCAGGCCAGAUCUUGCGUCAAGCCAAGAUGUUCCCGCAGGGCCAUCUCAAGGACUUUUACGCCGUAGCCGUUCACCAUGCAGCUCUUGCAUGUUGGACAUACGGCGUGGUUUCGAAGGCGGGCGGGAAGCAGGCGGCUCAGUACGAGCAGGAGAAGGUCUUCUUGGACGGCACCGAGUCGAACCUGGUACACCGCUUCAUUGGGUUUAAUCAGGGUCGCCCGGUGAUAACAGGACCCAUGAGCAGGGCCGGAGGCACCGAGGCGUCUCUUGACGAUCCCAAGGCGUGUAUGGAGGUCGCUCAGGAGAUCCUCCGGGCCAACUUCCGAGAUUCAGGAGAUCUUCACCCGCCCAUCGUCGAGAACCUAUGCCUGCUAAUCAAGCAGCUGGGUCACGCUGCUUGGGCAGUGGGCAUGGGAUAA